UGCGCGCCAAGGGCCAGGGGGCCGCGCCAGGCCCGGCUGGAAGCCGCCGCAAGUGAGGGACGAGGAAGGACGCAGGAGAACCGGAAAUCUGCCGGACCAUGAGACUCCGCAUCUACAAGCGCAAAGUGGUGGCGCUGCUGCUGGUCUUGGGCGCCGCCGCCUGUGCCUUAGUGCUUUGGGGAGGGAACGAGGCUGGCGCUGGCGGCAGCAACAGCAGCAGCAGCAGCAAACGGGAAGAAGCCGGGUCUCCGCCGCCGCUCCCGGGAGACCAACCAUUGCCACCGGCGGUUACUAGCAGCAGCAGCAGCCUUCCAGGAAAUAACGGGCGUCACGCCAAUUCUUCUUCGGUGUCGCGGGAAGAAGAGGCGCCGCCGGGACUGAAUCGCACCUUGCACUACCGGUCUCUGGUCUACCGACUCAACUUCGACCAGCCGGUUCGCAACGAGGCGCGCUGGCGACCUGGCGGCGCCGGUUCCGGAGAGGUAGCCGUUGCGCUGGUGGUGCAGGUGCAUGAGCGCGCCGAGCACCUCCGAAUCCUGUUGGACUCGCUGAGACGCGCGCCCGGCGUGGAGAAAGUGCUCCUAGUGCUCAGCCACGACGUGUGGUCCGCCGAGUUGAACGCGCUGGCCGCUUCCGUGGAUUUCUGCGCCGUCCUGCAGAUUUUCUUCCCGUUCAGCUUGCAGCUCUACCGCGAAUUCCCAGGCACGGACCCGCGCGAUUGCCCACGCGACGUGGGCCAAGCGGCAGCACUGCGCUCGGGCUGCCUGAACGCUCACUAUCCGGAUGCCUUUGGCCAUUAUCGUGAGUCGAGUUUCACCCAAACCAAACACCACUGGUGGUGGAAGCUUCACUUUGUGUGGGAGAGGGUGCGUACUCUGCGGGAACACCCGGGCUUGGUGGUCUUAUUGGAGGAGGACCACUACCUGGCACCUGAUUUCUACCAUGUCCUGCAACGCCUUUGGGCCCUGAGACAGCGUGACUGCCCUGAGUGCCAGUUGCUGUCCUUGGGCACUUAUGCCACUGUGCGUGGCAGCUUUGCCGGCCGGGCUGACAAGGUGGAAUUGAAGACAUGGAAGUCCACAGAGCACAACAUGGGCAUGGUGUUUGCUAGGGACACAUACCAACAACUGAUUGCCUGCACUGAUGCCUUCUGCACCUAUGAUGACUAUAACUGGGACUGGACUCUGCAACAUUUGACUGUAGGAUGCCUUCCUCAUUUCUGGAAGGUGCUGGUUCCAGAGAUCCCCCGAAUCUUCCACACUGGUGACUGUGGUAUGCACCAAAAAUCUUGCCAACCCUCUGUUCAGAGUGCCAAAAUUGACUCGCUGUUAAAUAGCAAUCAACAAUACUUAUUUCCUGAAACCGUAACUAUUAGCAAGCGGUACUCAAUGACACCUUUGAGCCCUCAUGUAAAAAAUGGGGGUUGGGGUGAUAUUCGGGACCACGAACUCUGUAAAAGUUACCGAAGAUUACAGUGAAAGAAGGAACAUUGAGUCUUUAUCUCUGUUGGACUGACUAGUCUUUUAAAUACGCAAACAUAAGAUACUUGGAAAUUGCUUCUAGUUUAAUAUGGACAGCAAUGAUUGCAGAAGAUGUGAUUUGGUAACUAAUUUUGGACAUUGAAUAAUUAUGUGGAGCAAUUUUCAAAAUAAACUAUAAAUGUCUACUUGUUUACUGGAAAUAAGAGAGAUUUUAUUUACAACAGAUCUAGUUCCUUUUAUAAGGUAGUCCCAACAUCUUCAAACUUGUUUUUAACAAAGAAAAAUAUUGUAGAUGCAAUUGUAUCUAUGGGGGCCCCGUCAGUCUUUUGCUAUUCAAUGUCCAUGAGUUUUCAAAAGUUAGGUUUUACGUUUGUUUUGUAAUUUACUCUCCCAACCCCCCCUUUAGUUUUACAGUAUGAUCCUCUGCUCACUCAGUAUUCCAUUUCUAUAACCUUUUACUGGCUUGCUUGAAAUUUGAUACCUUAAUACCUGCAAAAAGCAUUUAUCUUAUUUUCUAUGUGCUUAUAUGAGAAAAAUGAAAUUGGUUUCUUUUGAUGUAUGCCAAAAUAAAAAUCAUGUUUUUGUAAUACAAAUUUCAAUGUUUUGAUAUAAUCCAUUUUAUUUGAAUUUAAAUAUCACAAAUUAAAAUUUUCAAUGCAGAAACGUGAGCAUAUUGCAGUGCUAAAAAUAAGACAUGCAAACAGCUCUUUUUAAAAAUACAUUAUUUACUUCCUAUUGAAAUAGUUUUAACUUUUAGAUUUGGUAGCCUAAUGUGAGAGCAUUGAGUUUAGAAUUUGAAUGUUAGAAAAAUAAUUAGAACAUUCUAAAAUAUCUGAAUAUGUUAGGCUUAAUACCCUAAAAAGUCUUGCUUGUGAAAAGUCACAAUUUAAUUAAACUAUAUGCUCAGCUCUACGAUAAACUUUGUCUCAAAUUUCUUCUAGGCAACCCACCAUAAAAGUUCAUUAUGCCAACAAAUAUCCUAAAAUACAUGCUUAGUUUUUAACAAAAAUAAAAUCCAAAAUGUAUUAUUUGUCCAGAUAACCAGUUUCGUUGUAUUUAAGUACAAUGACAAUAAAGAUAUAUUAUACUAAAUAAUUGGGACAAAUUAGCUUAGUCUUAAAAACAUAUUUUUGAUAAAUUCAAUUUUAAAAAUGACAUCCAGUUAGUAGGAGGAAUUAACAGAAAAAUUACAACAGCUUUCCAUAUCUUAUUGGUUUUUUUGCCUUUCUGAAAUAAAUACUUUUUAAGACAAAAGGAAAGGUUUAUUAGAUUUUAUAAAAUCUCUUCAUUUGAAUAUGUAGGCAGAACUUUUAAGUUAAAUAGAUGAAAGACUGCAAACUAUUUUAAAUCAUUCUUAUUUAGAAGGGAGUUUUGUUAAAAUUUCUGGCUUGUAAUGUCUGCAAAAUAGAACAGUCCAAUUAAAAUUAAGCAUAGCUAGGAGCUGCAUAAAUCACUGAUGAAAGUUCAUUUACUUCAUGGAAACUUUAAUCUUGACUUUGUAGUGUUUGCUCUGUGCGAUGUCACUUGCUAAUUUCCAGCAAACACUCAACAGCACCAAAGGCCAUUUUCCACCUAAUGGAUAAUUCUGGGGCAUAAUUAGAAGUUGGCUUAAGUAAGGAAAUUUAAUUAAGUUGACAUUUAGAACACUUCUCUGUUAUUGCGUAGUGUAGUUUUGGAUAUAAUGAUAGUUUAACUAGAUUUCAAUAAGACAGUUUUAAUGUUGUGAUCUGCAUAUUCAAAAGGAUAACAAUUUCAAAUAUGUACAGUAUUAUCUAAGAAUACAUUUUUAUGGAGGUACCUACCGUAUUGUUUGCAUAGGUAGGUGUUCCUAUGACUAUUUAAUGACGUUACUUAUACUUAUAUGACUUACACUUAACAAAACAGACUCAACCUGCCCCUGAUCGUUGUGUCAAAAUACAAAUGUAUUUAAAUUAAGCUUUUAAAUUCUUUGAAAAUUUAAGUAAAUGAAAUUGGCAGUCUGAAAGCAUCAGAAUCCUAGCCAUGUUACAAAUAAAUCCAUUUGGUUUCAAUUGUUUCAUUCUAGUUACCACUUUUUCAUACCACUUGAAGAAUUUCCCCAAUGUGGCUGAGACAUUAAAAGGCCUCCCAAAAGACUAAAAAAGUUUGCAAGCCAGACAGUAAUUAAUUGUUAAUAAUCUUUAUUCUCUUCUCUAUCUGUAGGAUGCUAGAUAGCAUGAGAUCACUCCAGCUGUGUAAAUACACAGUUGAAAGCACUCUAACAACAAAGGCUGUGUGUAAAAUGUCAUCUAAUUUUGGAGAAUGUUUAUUGAGUUAUAAUUUACGAUUUGGCUGAAAACUGGAGAAAACAGAAGAAUGGGAUAUUAAAAAAAACAUGUUUACUUAUGUCAAGAUGUUUACAGAUUUUUGCACAAUCUGCAUGCUUGCCUAACUUGUGCCAUCUAAUUCGGAUCAGGUGCCUGAGAAAUCUGUACAGCUUUAAUGAACUGCCUACAUUUCUUUUUGAAAU